AUGAUUCCAUGGUUGAUGACUGCCUGUUUCUACCCUUGCAUUAUAGGUCCCGAUUUUUGGGGCCUUGUCAACAAACAUUGGCGAAUGUGCACCGCUGGUCAGCUACAAUCACCGAUCAAUGUAGAUCCAUCAGUACUACUAUACGAUCCUGGUCUACUACCUCUUGAUAUUAAUAAACAUCAGGUACAAGCAAUAUUGCAAAAUAUAGGUCAACUACCAUUGAUAACAAUUAAUGACUCAUUAACUGAACAAGGGAAUAUCAAUAUCAGUGGCGGUCCUUCAUCACCUUACAAGUAUCGAUUGCAUCAUAUUGUGAUACAUUUUGGAUUAGUAGCAAAUGAUGAACGAGGAUCAGAGCAUACCAUUGAUCGAGUUCGAUUUCCAGCUGAGAUACAAUUACUAGCAUACAAUACAGAUUUAUAUGCUAAUUUCACGGAAGCAAUGUCAGAAUCACGUGGGCUUUUGGCUAUUUCAAUAAUUGUUGAUCUUGGUGCAGUAUCGAAUACUGAAUUACGGAAAUUAACUGUAGCAUCACAAAGUAUUAUUUAUAAAGGUACAAAAACAAUACUUAAACGAUUCAAUGUAUACGGACUUCUGCCACAAACUCAAGAUUACAUAACAUAUGAAGGAUCAUUGACAUUUCCAGGUUGCUUUGAGACAGUAACCUGGGUGAUUAUGAAUAAUCCUAUUUAUAUCACCAAAGAAGAUCUCAAAAUUUGGAAUGAUCUUCAACAAACUGAAAUUAAGCAACUCAAUCCAGUUUUGAUGUCACCCAAUUAUCGUCCACUAAAGCCACUAAAUGGACGUCUUUUACGCACAAAUAUUAAUAUCAAGUAUAAGGCUAAAUCGCCACAAUCAUGUCCAAGUAAUUUAUAUAUCGAUAUGGGUUAUAAGGCUAAUCCGAGACGUCCUCCAACCUUCUCAUCCUCAAUUAUGAAACGAAUCUAA